AUGGGUUGUGGAUCGUCCGCCGUAGAGAGCAGACCGGUCACACCUGCCUACAUUCCUCCACCUGAGCCAAGAAAAGAACCACGGCCAGAACCUGUCCCACAAAUCAUACAAAACGAAUGUGGAUUUUGUAAACGUCACGAAGCGAGCGGUUUUUGUAGCGACUGUGGAGUUCUAAUAUGCCAGUCGUGCGCGGCUCACCACAGGGACGCCAACCUCCUCAAGAAACACGCCAUUCUGACGUUAGGAGAGUAUAAGGACAAUAUCACGACUUUUUCGCGCUUUGUUAGACCCGUAAUUUGUCCCAUGCACAACGGCCAUGAGAUGACGUUUUACUGUUUGACGUGUAGCUUGCCUAUAUGCAUGAUAUGCGCCGAGUACGUACACAAAAAGCCGCGACAUCAGCACACCACCCUCAUUGAAGGAUUGUCAACAAAACAAAAAGAACUGAAGAGUCAAGUAGAAAUCCUGCGAACCAGGAAGAAAGAUCUGGAAGAUAUGAGAAUGUCACUGGACGAGGAGAACCGGCAAUACCUUCAUGGCGACGGUCAGGUUGAUCCAGCAGAUGCGAUAAAAGAAAAUACACAGAAAUUACGAGAGCUGAUACAGAAGGCAUUAGUCGAGCUGCAAAAGAACAGCACGAACCUGCUUCAACAGGUGGAGAAAGCUAAAAAAACGAAUUCUAAAAAGUCGGAAACAAAGUGUGUAGAAAUCAAGGAGCUGCUGCUACAUAUAGACAAACAGUUACAUUAUACCAAUGCGCUGAUGGUUAACAGCAAUGAUAUCGGGUUUCUAUUGGCCGUCAACCAAAUAGUUACCGGUAUACAAACUACACUCGCUAAGCAGAUUGAGAAACCGACACCAGUCACUAUACGAUUUGUUCCGAAUGAAGAUGUGUUCGACGCUAUCAAGAAGAAUCAGGUUGGUAAAGUUCAGGUUACCGGACUUCAAGAUGACAACCCACGUGUGGAUGCCCAAAAAUGGCGGGAUUUCGCUCGUAAAUACAAACAGACUGGACAGGAAACAGAGCCACAGCAGCAGAAACCGCGAGAGAGGCCACAGUCGAAAGAGUGGUGGUUUAAAUAUAUACGUUGA